AGAUGUUCAAGCUCAGGUUCAGAUCCCAGCCCUGCCUCCGACAAUCAGCUGGCGCUGUCGGCUUCAUCUCUGCAGAAGGAGCUCUCCGUGGCCAGGAUAUUACACAGCCCAGCUACAAUACCUCAGCCCCUCGGGAUCAGCACUGCUCCAGCUCCGGCCCAGACUCUGGACGCGGACAUGGCAAGCGCCGCGCCCACAGCCUCCCGGGGGUGGCGCCCGCCUUGGGCAGCAGAACUGGCGCUGCCUCAGAGACGCCUGAACGCUUCCGACGUGCAGGACCUGGAUGAAGUGCAGGUGCUGCUGCAGGAGACUGGGGAGAUGUUCCAGGCGACGGACUGCCGCGGCGACAUGACCGUGCGGGAGCUCAAGGAGGAGCUGGAACUCCUGGUCGGCCUCCCGCUCGACCUGCAGCGGCUCCAGUACCUGGACCAAGGAGUUUUGAUGGAUGAGACCACACUGAAGUCCCAGGAUGUUGUUCCUGGUGGAAUUAUUUCAUUACGUGUCUGGCAUUAUGAUGGAUGGACCGACCUGGUGUUGGCGGCGGCGGAAGGGGACCCUGGCAAGCUCUCCUGUCUUGCCGUUGAUGAGGCCUCGCUCUACCGGACGGCAAAUUCGCAGCAUCUUGAAGGCAAGCGGUGGAAGGAAUGGGUAUCUCGGCGAGCAUUCGUGGCCUUGUACGUUACCUCCCACAGAGGUCACCUGGAUGCUAUGCGGUACCUUCUAGAACACGGAGCCAACUGUCUCGGACGCACCCCCACGGGCAGGACAGCCCUGCACGUGGCCGCAGCCAUGGGCCGUUUGGACGCGAUAAGACUUCUGCUCAGCCACGGGGCCUCCAUACACGACAGAGAUGCCAGAGGGGAGACGCCCAUGGCCAUGGCCCGGCGCAUGGACCACAGACACAGCGAGAGGCAGAUGCUCCUCUUAUGCUGGAUGACAAAGUCAGGGGUGAUGGACCCGAAGAGACGGACGGUGGGCGAGGUUUCUCCCCGGGUGAAGUCUGGCUUGGGCUCCAAGAAGAGGAGCCACGUUUAGCUCGCUCCGGGAGCGCGGGCGCCGAAGCUGACUUGGGUGACUUUCCGGAGUUCGAAUCCGCGGGGGCCCUCGGCGCGCAGGGCGUCAGGAAAACAUGGCAAUUAAUCUGAAUCAGAUACGAAAUUAUCUGUCCUGUUUGCAAAUGACUUGGGGAGGGCGUGGACGGAAGUAGGGGAGUUUGUGUUCCUUCUGUAAUCCAUUACAGACCCAGCGGCCUCCGAUGCCAGCCUUUAAUUUUAUGCCAUUUGUUCAUCGCCUCCAAUAACGCCGCUCGGCGUGAUGGGAGCCAGUUACUUCUCUCCCGCCUGGAGGCCGGCUAAUGCAUCAGCAUAAUAGAAGUAAUAGCAAUAAUGAAAAUAGCACCGUUGGUAUUGUGUAAAAUAAGUGUCAGCGAGUGUGAGGCGGUUGCGUGCUGUGUGGGCGGUGCAUUCCCAGGAGCUGCGUAUGACCGCAGCCUGCGAGGUUCCAGAAGUUCUCCUGAGCCCCCUCCGGGGGGUCUGCGGCUCGAAUUGCAGGUCGCAGGGUGGAGAAGUGAGGAAGGAGAGAGCAGAGAGAGCUCGUCCUCCAGACAGACCUGCACAGGGUGCCUUCUUGGUCUUGUGGAACGGUGCUGAGUUGUCACUGGAUUUGGAGGUGACAGGGAGGGGCCGGUGGAGGAGAGACUCGGAGCUGGCCCCUCUCCCUGGUCCACGCACCCAGCCUCUCCCUUCCCUGCCAGCAACACGGCCCUUCCCGCCUAGUCCCAGGCUCUGUGCCUCGCACUGGGCCGCACACCUGCCGGGGACCCAGCCCGCCAUGCGUCUGAGCGGGAAGCAGGAGCGAGAGGGGAGGGUGGGCACAGGGCGAGCUGACGUUCACAGCCCUGUCUGGAGAGGGCGCCGCGGCUCAGCUCCAAAGAAAUGUGAGCCGAAGGCUGCUAGAUCUUUCCACAGUGUUUUGAUACAAUAAGUCUCAAUUAAAAAAAAUUUUUUUAAA